AUGGACCAACCCAUGUUACCCGCCGCGGCGCUGGUCUGUACAGCAUGGUACCAUCGGGCCAUGCGAAACCUCUACCAAAUCGUCCGGAUUACAAAUCACAGGUCCUUCAACAUUCUGGUCAAGCAGUGUCGCACGUCUCCACGCGUGAAGAAGUGGCUUGCUUCCACACGUACGCUAGUGGCCGACAGUUACAAGACCCGGCAUAUCGGUGACCGUGACCCGGGGAGCUCUGAUUUUCUCCAAGCGGUACCCCUUGCCCUCGUCCGCAUGAUGCCCGGUGUACGCGUCCUUCGCAUCCAGUUUGCGAAGCUUCGUUUUGUCCAUCAAGAGUUCUUCCUUGCCCUAUCGCGAUUCAAGCCCGUCACGUCGCUGAGGCUGUAUGCAUGCAUACUCAGCAACAUCACACAGCUGCGGCGGGUCAUCUGCGCCCUCCCCCGGCUUGCGUACCUCACCAUACACGUCAAGCUCGUUCAGCGGGGUCCUUCCAGCUAUGCGAGGAUCUCUCCGUUUCAACCACCAUCCGACAUCCGUCUUCGGCACCUCGAUAUCGAUGUUCAGACAGACCUCAUGAUGACGGUCCUUGACUGGAUGACGCGUUCAAGCCUCUGUGCCUCACUCGAGGAUCUGACGGUCACGCUGUGGGAUCAACCCCUGCGGAGCCUUAACGAAGUCCUCGAAAUGGCAGGAGAAUCCUUGACUCAGUACCACGAACGGUGUCCCGGGCGUGAGCUCGACUCUCAUGGCAACCUGUCGCACAACACCGCCUUGCAAUCCUGGGAACUUGAGCUGGAUGAAAUCAGCCCCGCCGCCGGAGAGAAGGCGCUGAGCGCGUGGUUCAAAGUCGCAGACGAAUUACACUGCGUCCUCUCUACCGUCCAAAGCCGUGCGCUCGAGCACAUCGAAAUCAGGGCCAAUGUAAGUUACUACCCUGAUGGCGCUGGCGAGGAGCUCGGCGUUGUCCUGGAGCAGCUCGACUUGCAGGGGCCACACGGAGUCAUGAGCGAGCGACGCUUCGACGCACUGAAGGCUGUCAAGGUGGUGAAAUACCUACACGGUCUGCAGGAUCAGAGCGAGGCGGAUGUGGACGACAUCGCUCAGAAGAUCGACGUCGUGUUUCGUGGCAUACUCCGGCCGUGGUCUGACCGCGGCAUAGUCAGCAUCACCCCGCUACGCUGA